GAAAUCCCCAAUCAAUUGGAGAUAUUCCUGCAACGGUAAAAGAAAGUUUCUGAAUAUUUCGGAUUGAGGAGACGAGGAAGGCGAUUUGUGGUCUCUGGAGGAGCCGAGUAGCCGACAGCCUCUCUGCCUCCGGUUUUCGAUUUUGGUUACUGGGUGAUUUUGGAUUCUCUAAUUCUAGUAUUUCUACUGAUUCUCUCAUACAGUUAGACUAAGAAGUUUUUUUACAGACAUCAGACACUCAUGCUCCACUAAGUCUAAGUGAAGUUCAAAGAUGGCAAUGGCUUCUUUCAGUGCCAUAUCACAUUGUCAUCAUCACAGGCUAUGGUGGCAACCAAAUACUUCCAAGCUUCCAGUUUCUUGCUCUAUGCCACCUCCUUCAUUUACAGGUACUAGUCAUGGAUCUAAAGUUGGGUAUAAGAGAUCUGGAAGAUUUGAAGGAGCUGGAAAGAGCAUGGAAGAUUCUGUGAAGCGAAAAAUGGAGAAAUUUUAUGAAGGGCAAAAUGGUCCACCUCUUCGUGUUCUUCCAAUUGGUGGCUUAGGAGAAAUUGGAAUGAAUUGUAUGCUUGUUGGGAAUUUUGAUCGGUAUAUUCUUAUUGAUGCUGGUGUCAUGUUCCCAGACUAUGAGGAUCUUGGUGUUCAAAAAAUUAUACCUGAUACAACAUUUAUAAAAAAAUGGUCUCAUAAAAUUGAAGCAGUUGUUAUAACACAUGGGCAUGAAGAUCACAUUGGUGCGUUGCCUUGGGUUAUACCUGCUUUGGAUUCACGUACUCCAAUAUUUUCAUCAACCUUUACAAUGGAGCUUAUUAAGAAGAGAUUGAAGGAAUCAGGCAUAUUUGUGCCUUCAAGGCUUAAAACAUUUAAAACAAAGAAGAAAUUUAUAGCUGGACCUUUUGAAAUAGAGCCAAUUAGGGUUACUCAUUCAAUCCCUGAUUGUUCUGGAUUAGUUCUUAGAUGUUCUGAUGGUGUUAUUCUUCAUACUGGGGACUGGAAGAUUGAUGAGUCACCAUUGGAUGGGCAAGUUUUUGAUCGUGAAGGUUUAGAACAGCUCUCAAAAGAAGGGGUAACUUUGAUGAUGAGUGAUUCAACAAACAUACUCUCACCUGGAAGAACACUUAGUGAAACAGUUGUAGCAAAUUCAUUACUUAGGAAUAUUUCAGCUGCAAAAGGAAGAGUAAUAACAACUCAAUUUUCAUCAAAUAUUCAUAGACUUGGAAGUGUUAAAGCUGCAGCUGAUGCAACUGGAAGAAAGUUGGUAUUUGUUGGGAUGUCUUUGAGGACAUAUCUUGAUGCUGCAUGGAAAGAUGGAAAGGCACCAAUUGAUCCUUCAACUCUUGUGAAAGUUGAAGACAUUGAUGGUUAUGCUCCAAAAGACUUGCUAAUUGUUACUACUGGCUCUCAAGCAGAACCUCGUGCUGCACUUAACCUUGCAUCAUUUGGAAGCAGUCAUUUUUUCAAAUUGAGCAAAGAAGACUUAAUUUUGUAUUCUGCCAAGGUGAUUCCUGGUAAUGAAUCUAGAGUAAUGAAAAUGAUGAAUCGAUUAUCAGAAAUUGGGCCCACAAUAGUCAUGGGUAAAAAUGAACAACUACACACAUCUGGUCAUGCCUAUCGUGAAGAAUUGGAAGAAGUACUGAGGAUUGUGAAACCACAACAUUUUUUACCUAUUCAUGGGGAACUCUUAUUCCUCAAAGAACAUGAAUUGCUUGGAAAAUCCACUGGGAUUCAUCACACUGCUGUCAUUAAGAAUGGAGAAAUGCUUGGGGUUUCUCAUUUGAGGAACAGAAGAGUUUUGUCUAAUGGUUUCAUAGCCCUAGGAAAAGAAAAUUUACAGUUGAUGUACAGUGAUGGUGACAAAGCAUUUGGUACAUCUGCUGAUCUUUGUGUAGAUGAAAGGAUGAAAAUUGCAACAGAUGGAAUAAUAAUUGUCAGCAUUGAAAUCAUGCGCCCUCAAUCAACCGAAAAUACUGUAUUAUUGAAAGAAACAAUUAAAGGAAAAAUAAGAAUAACUACUCGAUGCUUAUGGCAUGACAAUGGGAAGCUUCUAGAUGCUCUUCAUAGUGCUGCACAUGCAGCCCUAUCCAGCUGUCCAAUAAAAAGUCCCUUACCUCAUAUGGAAAGAACUGUUUCUGAAGUUUUAAGGAAAAUGUUAUCUGGUGUGAAUGUGAAUGUGAAUGUCAACAAUGGCUUUGAGAUGCCUUUGGGGAAAUCGGUUGAUGGGAGUUUAAAAAAGAGAAAGUCAAGUAAGUUUCAAGAAGAAAAGAAAGAUCCUGAUUUUGAUACUAAAGGAGAUGAUGGAUUGUUAUCCGAGGAAGAAACCACAUCUGUUUCCGACUCGACCGGAAUCGCGGUUUCCGAUUCCGAUGAAUUCUGGAAACCAUACACGGAUUCCGAUUCCGUUGAGCAAUCGGAAAGUGAUAGCAAGGAUGAUUCUGAUUCUAGUAAUACAAACAAGAAGCCUCUGAAAAGAAACAGAUGGAAACCAGAAGAGGUUAAAAAGCUUAUAAAGUUUCGUGGUGAAUUGAAUAGUAGAUUCCAAGUUGUGAAGGGAAGAAUGGCACUUUGGGAAGAAAUAUCUGGGAAUCUUUCCACUCAGGGGUAUAAUCGAAGCCCUGGGCAAUGUAAAUCUUUAUGGGCUUCAUUGCUUCAAAAAUACGAGGAAAGUAAGAAAGAAUCUGAAAGCAAGAGAAGCUGGCAAUAUUAUGAAGACAUGGAUAACAUCUUCUCCACUUCUUCUGAUGCUACUAUGAUAAACAAACAAUGAUUUAAGAAAUGAAAUCUGUUAGCUAGGGUUUUGCUAGUGGAAUAUAUAAUUAUGUGGUCAUGUAAUUUCAUUAGAUUUGAGUUUAUUUAAGCUAGGUUUUGCCACUCAACUUAAGAAAUUGUAUUCUUCUAAAAUCCAUUAUGAAAAAAAAAAAAACAUAAAAAGAGGUGAAUCCCUCUAGG